UACUUCUUCAUUUUUACUUUUUGGUCAGAGGUUGACUAUAUCUUUGACAGUCUGGCAAUGCCUGUGGAUUUCAGUGGAACCUGGAACCUUAUCAGCAAUGACAACUUUGAAGGUUACAUGGUGGCCUUAGGUAUUGACUUUGCAACACGCAAGAUAGCAAAAAUGCUGAAGCCUCAGAAAGUGAUCAAACAAGAUGGUGAUUCAUUUUAUAUCCAUACCACUAGCACAUUCAGAGAUUAUUUGCUUCAAUUCAAAAUUGGAGAAGAGUUUGAAGAAGAUAAUAAAGGCCUGGAUAACAGAAAAUGCAAGAGCCUAGUUACCUGGGAAAAUGAUAAACUUGUCUGUGUCCAGACUGGUGAGAACAACAACAGGGGCUGGACUCAUUGGCUUGAAGGAGAUGACCUCCACCUGGAGCUUCGUUGUGAGAAUCAAGUAUGUAAACAGGUCUUCAAGAGAGCUUGAGUAUGUGUCCCGAUUCCUACACAGAGACAGCUACCUACAGGAGACUGCAUCCUCAUGUCCAGUGAUGGCUGUACAGACGAGAACUGAUUUGUUGUAUCAAUUAACUUAAAUGGUCUGAUGUUUCUGGCUCAGGAAAUAAGUCUGCUGUUGCCAGUAUUAAAGAUCUG